AUGAAAGUGUUCUGGAACAGUUCUUAUCUCGAGAAAUUUAACUUCAUAGGCAUGUGUAUGUAGGUAAAUAAAGGUUUCUGUUGAUUGAAUAACACUGAGACAAUUAGUGGAGAUAUUCUGGACUGUACAUAGACUUAACACGUUAAGAGCGUGUUAACAGUGCUGCAAGCUAGAAUGAAAGCACUGGUCAUCUUAACGUUCCUAGCACUGGCAGGCGCCUCCAACGUCACCAUCAUGUCCCAUUGGUCCGGCGGAUUCCAAGGCCAAGCAUGCAUCCCAAUCUCCAAGGAGCUGGACGGCUGGAAAGCCCACCUCAAGUUUAGCGAGGACGUGGAGAGGCUGGAGGUGUGGGCCGCCACGGCCACCAAGCUGAACGGGCGGGAGUACCUCCUGGUGAACAAGGACUACGACGCCCAGCAGCACGUGGGCGCCGACCUGUGCUUCGGCUUCAUGGGGUACGGGUCAGGAGACGUCGUGCCGGAAACCACCAUCUACAUCGAGGGAAUGGACGGGCCGUACGGGGACGGGGGCACCAGCCAGCAAACCACUCCGGUCCCUCACACCAAUGGGGGAACUCCUAGCAAGAACUACGAAGACGCCUUAGCCAAAUCGAUCCUGUUUUAUGAUGCUCAAAGGUCAGGUAAACUUCCUGCUAACAAUCCCAUCAAGUGGAGGGGCGACUCAGCGGUCAAUGACUGUGUCCCAGGGGGCUGGUACGACGCCGGAGAUCAUGUCAAGUUCGGGCUCCCUCUGGCCUCUUCAACUACACUUCUGCUCUGGGGAUUUGUCAGUUUCAAGGAUGGCUACGUAAAAGCCGGACAACUGGACGCCAUGUACGACAUGAUCAAGUGGCCCCUGGACUACUACUUGAGAGGCUGGAAUCCUCAGACCAAGCAGCUCAUCGCCCAGGUCGGUGACGGGAAUGUGGAUCACAAGUUCUGGGGGCGGCCUGAGGACAUGACGAUGGCCAGGCCUUGUCAGUGGAUCAGUGCGACUAACAAGGGAAGUGACAUAGCCGGGGAGACUGCCGCCUCGUUGGCACUGGGGGCCAUAGCCUUCAAGGAGAAAGAUCCACAGUACAGCGCCCAGCUACUCACAGCUGCAGAGAGCCUCUAUGCAUUUGCUAAGGCCAACAGGGGCGUAUUCGCCGGUGCCUCUCAGUUUUACUCCUCUGCCAGAGACAUAGACGAGCUCUGUGAGGCCAGUAUGUGGCUGUACAGGGCCACCAACAACAAACAAUAUCUGGAGGAGGCCAAAACGUACGUGGAAGUGGCCUGGGGCUGGGCACUCAGCUGGGAGGACAAGAAAGUGUCCUGCCAACUUCUCCUCUACGAAGACACACAGAACAGUUCCUAUAAAGAUGCCGUAGUUGGCUUCUUGCACGGAUGGUUGCCAGGUGGUAGUACCGUUUACACGCCUUGCGGACUUGCCUGGAGGGAUAUGUGGGGUGCUAAUAGGUACGCUGGCAACACAGCCCUGUACGCCCUGCUGACUGCCGAGGCUGGAAUCAGCUCCAGGACAUAUCGGGCCUGGGCUAUUGAGCAGAUCAACUACAUGCUAGGGGACAACAAGCACGCCGGAGGCUGCUACAGUUUUCAAAUUGGCUACGGCUCCAAGUACCCAUUGCAGCCUCACCACAGGGCAGCGUCUUGCCCAGACAGGCCGGCACCCUGCUCGCAUGACCAGCUCAACGCCCCAGGCCCAAGCCCUCAGGUGCUGGUGGGUGCCUUGGUAGGGGGCCCAGAGGCGUCCGACUUGUACGAGGACUUGAGAACAGAUUAUGUCCACAACGAGGUCGCCACGGACUAUAACUCUGGAUUUCAAGGGGCACUUGCAGGGAUUGUUCAUUUAAUAUUGACGGAUAAUUUCCCUGCCACGCAAAAUAAAUGCCCAUGUUCAGCUUCGUAAUAAACAUUUCAGUCCAGUGUCAA